UAAAUGUUCACCAGGUAGUGUGUGAUAAGUCAGGCUUUAGUUCGCUAAAUCAUUUAAAUUUAUCAGUCUGUGAUCACAAUCAAACAGUGUUGGAAACAGAUAUACAGAGGUAUACAUCAUGUGCGGAUUUGAUAGGUUUUGACCACUGAAAGAUACUCAGAUCAGGCUAUGAAAACAAUGAUGUUACUAGUGGUCCAUGCCAUCUUACUAGGCAUACUUUAUCAACAUGUUGAGUGUAAUAGGCAGUUCUAUGGCGGUUCCAUGAGCUAUUCCAUGAAAGAACAACAUAGCGGUGACCAACUGGUAACCAUUGAACUAAUAACUGGUUGGGUGCUUGGAAAAGGCCCAUGUGGUUCAGGGUGUAAUAAAUCUGAUAUUGGAAGAUCUACUAGUUUAACCAGACAAAAAAUAGUUUCAACAGAUCCAUAUUACCUUGGUAAAUUCAUUAAGGAAUAUAGAGUGUCAAGCCAUUUACUACAGACGAUUCCUAUAGAUACAAGAGUAAAAUCAACAUGCGAAGAAUCUGUAAUCGCAAUCAGUGAAACGGGAAAAUGGGAACAGGAAAUAAUGCACUUCAGCGUUAUUAUGGAGAAAGAAAAAAACGAAAUGGAUAUCGUUUUCACAGGAUUUUCUUGGAGGGAGCUUUCGUUACAGUUCAAUAACCAAAAUGUUGAGUGGCAUUUCCAAACAAAAGUUGUUUCAUCUGUUAGAAGUGAUACAAAUACAACAAAUCAAAGUCCGAAAUCUCUAUCAAAGCCGUUCUACAGGAUAAAACUAGAUAAGGUUUCCGAAAUCAGACUUCCAGCAGUUGAUGGUGAUGACGAUGUCAUUAAAUGUGAAAUUGCACAAGGUAUUGAGGGUGGACGGAUCUCAGGAAGCCUGCCUCCACUCGUACAAGUAAUGGAGAAUUGCAGUGUUUUCAUCAACGCUUCACGGGCAAGUGGGUACAAUGAUGAUACAUGGAUCGCCGUUCCUGUCAGUGUCCAUGAUUAUAAUAGAAAGGACAUUAUAUAUGGGAAGGGAACAUUUUUUUCUGGAAAAUACUCCCUGAGCACCACUGCAGUGCAGUUUGUUGUUCAGAUUUUAGCUAAUUUAACAACUCCAGUCUUUGUAUACCCGACAUAUGGUGGAAACCAUCCUUUUAUUAUGUAUGCGGACACAGAAUGGAGAACAAAGAUUUAUGCUGAAGCUACCGAAAACACUACUAUAGAAGAGUUUACAACUUUUGGAAUCGAAAAAGAAAACUUCACACUAUCAAAUGCUCAACAGGACCCAAAAAGGUCGCAAGUGAAGUUUACAAUAAUGUCAUGGAAACCGUUAGUUACGGAUGUAGGGAGACAUAUAGCAUGCGUUAGUGUAACUGAUUCUACUGGCGUUGAUUCUGAUGAACAAAGAUGUUUCGUGUUAGAUGUUCAGCCUGAUGCUUUCAAUCACUCAUCGUCAUAUGCUGAGAACAAGCCAUAUUUCAUUGACAUUCCGUCACCUGACCAGCUGGUUGCCUGCAAAAUUCACGCAACUUGUGUUGUGGCUAUAUAUAUAAAAUCAGGAGUUGGUGUGUCCGAGGUACAUGUCACUGAGAGUUUCAUUGAAAAGUAUGAAAUCGGCCCAAUUAAAUCUGUUACACACAAAGGUGAGGUAGUGUACAAAGCUGACUUGUCGUUCGAACAUUCAGUGCAUGGACAAGAAAGAAUCUGCUUUCAAGCGAAGGAUGUUAAUGAUGGUGAAAGCGAAAAAGUUUGUAUCACCAGCAACAUUGAACCACCAGAUCCAUGUAUAUCAGCACCGUGUAAAAAUUCAGCUACCUGUGAGAAAGAUAAAGACACUGGAGGUUUUAGAUGUCUAUGUAGACCAAAAACAUUCGGAAAAACAUGCAAAAACAGAAUUGAUCCAUGUAAACCAGAUCCAUGUGUAACAAAUAACACUUAUUCAUGUUUUGAGGGAGUUUGCUACUGUAAACCGGGAUUUACUGGGAAAAUAUGUGAAAAUAAUAUAAAUGACUGCCCACAGAAUGCAUGUGAGGGAAAAGGAAGAUGUAUAGAUGGUCUCGGAAAUCAUUCUUGUGAAUGCUAUGAUCGAUAUGAUGGGGAAAAUUGUACUACUGAUAAAUGUCCGUUAAAGAGAAGCGGAGUCAUAAAUUGUCCAACAAGUGACUGUGAACCAGAUCCUUGUAAUGGGCGAGGCGUUUGCUCUGUUGGCGGUAAUUGCACUUGUUCAUAUGGAUACUCUGGACUUAAAUGCGAAACACCAAAAUGUAAUAUAUCGCCAACUGCUAAUGGCGGGUUUAUUUCUCCUUCUCCUAAAGAUGGAAGCACGUUGAUAUGUUACGAACAUCAGGGCAAUAUAUCACAAUGCAAUUUGCGUCUUUAUAUUGCUGCUACAUCAGGCUCACUUCCUGUGAUAAGCACAGAAACAACAGUUGAACUAGAAAAUAUCAUAUUAGUAGACUCUGUCAAAAACUCAUCAGUUCUACCGGGUAUUUCCUCUAUCAACUCAGUAGAUAUAACAAUAGAUGGAAAAAUGAACAGUACAAACCAACAAUAUUUAUGUGUAAAGGCAACAUAUGCAACGUCAAACUCAAAGUCAUGCUACGGAAUCAGCAUUUUCUCUAACCCUGAAGUCGACAAAACAAGCCGAGCUUACAACCAAAUAAAUGCAACAGUUAAAUUUGAACAGCCGACUUUAAUAGAUGGCAGUAGAAUCAUAUGCAGCGUUGGGGAGAGAUGUCAAGUUCUGUUGUACACAACUAUUGCUUCAAAUCGGUCUUCCUGCGAGACAAAAAUUUCGUCAGUUGGAUCUGUUCCUGGACAAUGUGAUACAGAUGAUAAAGAUAAUGAUGCAGACGAUACAAAUCAAACUGCUAAACUAACUUCUCCAUGCUGUGAAGAUGUAAUCUCAUCAACUGACGAAGUGACAGUAUACAACGCACAUCCACGUGGACAAUCAUGCGUUACAGAAGCUUCUGUUGUUUACAAUAGUACUGGGGAGAAACAGAUUUGUUUUCAAUCCGGUUAUUCCUUUUACCAACAGUUAUGUUACACAGUAGGUGUGUACGCUGAUAAAAAAGAUCCGUGUUCCAUUUCACCUUGCCAGAACAAAGGACAAUGCUUACUCGCAGGCCACGACAAUUUUACUUGUAUAUGUCCAGACAAAUAUAUCGGUGAUAAAUGCGAGCAAGGACCCUGCCAUACAAGUGCCAAUAAUUGCCAAAAUGAAGCAUAUUGUCAAAUAGAUAAUGGUGUAACUACAUGUAUAUGUAAGGCUGGGUUCUCAGGGCCAACUUGCAGCAACGCUUCGGCAGGACUGUCCUCCACGUCUGCUGGAUUUACUGACACAGCCAAACCAAAGGUUAUAUUCUGUGUUUUAAACCAAAAAUGUAGUUUUGCAUUGAUUGUCAGCCAUCAUUCGAGCCAUACACCCACUGUGUCUGCAGGAUAUGUUGAUCCAUCACUGCUAUUGGAAGAAAUCGAGAUUGUUGAUAGAUUACCAAUUCAAAACAGUCAUCAAGCUAAUAUCAGACUUAAAACUACACAAUUGGGUUCAAAAGUUUUGUGCAUUCAGACAAAAGACAUAAACGGUGUAAACAGAGACGAGAUUUGUACCAAAGUCGAGGUUGUUUCAAAUGUCAUCUCCUUGUACACGUUUAAGGAUCGACCUCAUUUUGUUGAGCCAAGUUUGCCCACAGAUGCCGAAGUAGAAUGUAUUGCGGGUGGCCCGUGUCAUGUGCUCUAUCAUGUCACUCCUGGUACAGGAAAUGAAAAGGAAUGUGUGACUUUUAAAGUAGAUCCACCUGCUGGGUUUGUGAAUUAUUUUCUCUUCUCAUCAUGUGAUACGUGUAAACGUGGCGAUCCUACUAAUGGUAACUGUACAGUUGAUGUGUCUGUAGUCAACAAUAUUGCGGACAAAAAUACUACUCGAAGGAUUUGUUUGUCAGUAGGCCUAAAAGGACUUACAGUCGAUGGCGAGCAACGUUGUUUUAAUAUUAGCGUAAAAGACCAAACGACUAUUGUUAAGAAAGGAUGUCAGACGCUCGAAUGCAAAAAUGGAGGCUUUUGUGAUGGACAUGACAUGAACAAUCCCGUUUGCUUCUGUUCGAAAGGAUUUUCUGGGCCAGAAUGUAAUGAAGCAAAAGUUGAUAGCCCAAUGACGGGAUCACAAACACAGAGUUUCAUCGGAGAUUUUACAGUGCCGUCUGAGGUUAAGUGCGUAAUCAACGAGACAUGUAAUAUACCAUUCCAAGUUAUUUCAAAGAACGGACAUUCUCCAAGUGUAUCUCUGGGAUAUCAUGAUCCACGGCUGAAUGUGAUGACACCUUCCUUUAUACCUCUCACAAGUUCUCCUACAAUAUUUCAAGGAAAGGUUGUGUCUAUUCCAAAUAAGGAAGGAGAUUUUAGGUUCUGUCUGCAGACAACUCUCAACAGCAAAACUGAAGAUGAAAUAUGUGUCAAGGUUGAAGUGAUUAGUACAGCUGUGGACAAAACGGACAAGACCAAGCCCUACUUUCUUCCGCCUACACUAUCAACUGAAGCUACUGUGAUGUGUGGAAUCAAAAAGGCUUGUCACUUCGACAUGCAUUUUACAUCUGGAGAUAUGUUUGCUGGAUUUACUGGAGUAUGUCCAUCUCUCACUGAGAGGAGUACAAGUCCUGUCGAAGGUGUACAUAUAUUUAAAGUAAAGAGAGAGAACAGUACGGUGUGUACUGGAGAUGUCACGUAUGUUCCACCACAAGCAGACGGUCCGCACCAACUAUGUCUACAAGUAUCUUUACCAGGGAAAAAGGGUGAACGUAGAUGUUACACUGUUAAAGUAGUCACUGACAUGAACAAGGAAGUUAUAUCACCAUGUCGUGGAAUCACUUGUCAACACAGCGGAAAAUGUAUGGCGGAUUUAAGGAAGAUGCCAGCAACUUACACGUGUAUUUGUACAUCUGCUGGAUUCACAGGCAAAAAUUGUGAACAUGUAAUAGACAAGGACAAGACUUUGCCAGGUGUCAGGAAUUUGAAUGGUACAGUUAGUGGCAUUCAACAUUUUGAAAUAGACAGUGCUAUUCCAACCGACGUUAAAUGUGCAGAUAAUAGUGAAUGCUGUAUCAAUACACCCUAUAUUGGAAUGAAAAAUAAUCCUCCAUUGAUUGGUUUUAUGAGUUCCGAUUUGAGUAUAUCCAACCAAAGUGUGCUAGGAACUGGAAGUACUGAUCUUACAAGACACAUUUCACAGACAUGUGUUAAAGCACCGCUUGGUGGUCCCUAUAAAUUCUGCCAGCAGACUACUACUAAUGGCACAAAUAAAGGGGUGAAUAUUGACGAGAUUUGCACGAAUAUUACAGUACAACAUAAAGAUCCUAGUCAGAACACGCCACCGCCACAUUUUAGCAAAAGUAUUCCUGAUGGCUCAACAGUUUUAUGUAAACCGAACACAAUAUGUCACAAUCAGAUUAUUACAGAGCAACAGCCUGGAGGUCAAUGUUCUCAGGUCAAAGAGUGCGGAGAAGGAGUGCCAGGUGUUCAUUUCUUCAAAACUACUCCAGUUGAUAAUUUGUGCAUGACGGAUUUAGCUAUCAAGACAGAAAAUCCAGACACGCUUGACUUGUGUACUUCUGCAGGAUCCGGUGGGCAACAAAACCACAUGAAAGUAGAAGUGAAAAAUGUAUCAAGUUUUGGACCAUGUCAGAAACUACAUUGUUUAAAUGGUGGUAGUUGUGUAGCAGAACAUAUAUCAGACGCUGUUUGUAAAUGUCAGCCCGGAUACAUUGGUACAGUGUGCGAGAUAGAUAUAAACGAGUGUGCAUCUAACCCUUGUAAAAAUGGAGCAACUUGUGUAGAUAGAGUGAAUAGUUAUCAAUGUCAGUGUAGCCCUGGUUACAUUGGCACAAACU